AUGGUACUAUCAGUGGUGGACUCUCCCCUUUCCGUGGAGGUGACAAGGCUUUCGUUUAUAAGGGGAAUUCCAUAUGCUCAGCCUCCUACCGGCGAAAAUCGCUGGACCCAGGUUUCUGGACCAAGCUACUGGGGUGAUUUGAAUGCCACUGAAUUUGGUCCGCAAUGUGCCCAAACAAUCAGCGACGCUGGUAUAUUCUCCAGUGGCAAGAAAACAACCAGUGAAGACUGUCUGUACCUCAAUAUCUGGACUCCAGCAUAUAAGAACCAGACAGACCUGCCCUCGAAAAAGUUACCUGUUCUUUUCUGGAUCUACGGUGGACGUUUCACCGGUGGCUCUGGUGAUGUAAAGACCUACGAUGGCACUGGUCUUGCCCAGAAAGACAUCAUCGUGGUCACUAUCAACUACCGUCUUGGACCCUUUGGAUACCUCGCGCAUCCCGAACUGAGUGCUGAGUCGGGCUACAACAGCUCGGGCAACUAUGGUAUCCUGGAUCAACAGGCCGCUUUACACUGGAUCAAUGAGAACAUUGCCAAAUUUGGUGGUAACCCUGAUCAAAUCACCGUUGGUCUUGCCGAAGGCAUUAUCGCAGAGAGUGGUGCUCGUGGACCCCACGAUCCGAUGACCGGUAGCGUGGCUACUUCCUACAGAACUAAGUCCGCUGCUGAGGCACAGGGAGUCCGCUUCUUGAAGACCAUGGCAGUCAGCUCGAUUGCCGAACUCCGAAAUGUCUCUAUGGACAGCCUUCUUGAAUACGACGGGAUUUUUGACACCAUUUGGGAUGGUACCCCCUUCGAGAAUUUCACCGCUGCAUUCAUGGAGCCCCCGAUGUGGCGUCCUAACCUUGAUGGAUACGUCUUCCCAGAUUCCUACUCCGAGGCUCUGCGCAACAAUUCCCAUGCCAACAUCCCUAUCCUGACCGGAAACAACGCAGACGAGUCUGGUGCUACUCCAACUCUCACUUACUCGGCCUCGAGAUACCACGCUCUCUUUAGCAACCUUUUCGGUGAUCUCUCUGAUGAAUUCUUCUCCUUAUACCCCGGUCAGAACACCUCUCAGGCCUCGGAAAGUGGCAAGGAAUUCUUCAGAGACUUGUCUCGGGUUGGAACCUGGCGUUGGGCCCUUGACUGGGCUGCCGGCGGCGCAAAUGCAUCCGUUUACACUUACUACUUCAACCACUGGCCGGCCGAGGAAAAAUCCGAAGGUGCUUACCACGGAAGUGAACUUUGGUAUACCUUCAACAACUUGCCAUACAGCUCAUACUCUAAUGUGACAUGGGAAGAUGAAGAGUACGCCAUCGAGAACAAGAUGGCCAACUACUGGGCCAAUUUCAUUCGCAAUGGUAACCCCAACGGAGAUAAUCAGCCUCAAUGGAAGGCCUCAAAGAAGGAGGAGCAGACUAUGUGGCUUGGAAACCAGUGGGAAAUGGGCCCUCUUACCGCGGACAACAAGCGUAUUGAGUUUCUGCACAAGUGGACUUCUACCUUGCCUGCGUGGUAA